GAAUAAGAUUCAUAUGAAUAUUAAGCUAAUUCACUGAUAACUGCAACAUUAGCCGAAUGAUCUUAGGUGCGUGUUCCAUGCCAAUGAACUUCCUUGUAAUAGCAGCUAGUGUGAACCGCAUUUUCUAAGGCAUAACGUUAACUGCUGUAAAGUGCAGUAAAGUUGUAGCUAGUAGACAAAGGCAUGGCAGACCCCAGGACCCUCACUGCAGAAGGGAAGCUGUCUGAAGAGUUUGCUGUUCCCUCCCAUGUAGAGGAGGUCAAAGGGCAGAUGGCAGCUUUUGCUGUGCAGCACAGGGCUGCAGGGCACAGGGUAGUGCUUAUCACCUCAGGAGGUACCAAAGUCCCCCUGGAGUCCCGCACCGUCCGCUUCCUGGAUAACUUCAGCAGUGGCCGGCGCGGAGCCUCCUCGGCAGAGUACUUCCUUGAGUCAGGCUAUGCUGUGAUCUUCCUGCACAGACACCGUUCCUUAUAUCCUUUCACACGCCUCUACUCUGGGAUUAAUCUGCUGGACAGCCUACAGCUGGAGAGUGGAAAGGGGGGUUCGGUCUCUGACCAAGUCGUGGUCAACCAGCAGGCACUUCCCAACAUUGCCAAAAUCCUGAUGCGUUACCAGGCGGUGAAAAAGGCAGGGCUUCUUCUGCCUGUGGAGUUCAGCACCCUGUCCGAGUACCUGCACCUCCUCAAAGCAGCAGCACAGGCACUCAGCCCCAUAGGGUCCAACGCUAUGUUUUAUUUGGCUGCAGCAGUGUCGGAUUUCUACAUCCCAGCGUCUGACAUGCCAGAGCACAAGAUCCAGUCUUCCAAUGGACCACUUCAGAUCAGUAUGAAGAUGGUCCCCAAGAUGUUGUCGCCGCUGGUGAAGGACUGGGCCCCUCAAGCAUUUGUGAUUUCCUUCAAGCUGGAAACAGACCCAUCCAUCCUGCUGGACAGAGCUCGGCGGGCUCUGGCCACCUAUCGGCACCAGGCUGUGGUAGCCAAUGUACUGGACACCAGACGAGGUUAUGUAGUGGUGGUGACCCCUGACACUCAGGCUGAGCUGGUACUCACAGAUGAGGAAGCAAGCAGAGAUGUAGAGAUUGAGGACAGGAUUGUCAGUAAUCUGACUGCAGCUCACAGCCAAUUCAUAACCCAACAAGGCUGAGACCCCAAUUAACCAUGCUAGGGCUUUCCCCAACUAAAUAAACAUUUUGUUGACAGAAAGUUCUGUUAUUUUGACCAGUUCAUCGUUUGAAAUUUGUAAGUGUAUUUUUCCAUAUAUAGACAUACCUUGUUUUAAUCAAUUCAACUAUAGGCAUUGAUCUGACGCUUUAAACUUAGUUUGAUAUAAGACGUGCCUCAAGAGGGCACCAGAGAUCUAGAUAACCAGAAGGAAACAAAAUAGCCUACAUAAAAACAUUGCAGCCUGCAGGUAGAAAAUAACCUGAUAAAAUGAAAUAUUCUAUAAAUCACUGGCUACACAUGGCCUGUCUGCAACUAUUUUGAAACAUUGUAUCUAUUAAGUUGGGUCUAGCCCAAAGCUUGCACUAGCAAAGUUGCAAAAUUGUAUAAAAUAUUGUGGGCCUACAGACACAGCUUUAGGCUAUUUGCACUAGGAUAAGAAGCAGUGCUUGACUUGGGCAGGAGCUCACCGGAGCAGAGUACAGGCACCUCAUUUUUUUCUACUGCUUGAGCUUCUGUUCCUCUUAUAUAUUAGCUUAAGAAUUGUGGCGCUCCUGCACCUCAAUAUAAACAGUACCAGAACCUACACUACCGUUCAAAAGUUGUCACUUAGAAACGUCCUUGUUUUUUAUAGAAAAGCACCUUUUUUGUCCAUUAAAAUAAUAUAUUGAUCAGAAAUACAUUGCAAAUGACUUAUAGCUGGAAAGGGCAGAUUUCUUUAAAUGGGUGUAGAGACCCAUUAUCAGCAACCACCUGUGUUCCAAUGGCACGUUGUGUUAGCUAAUCCAAGUUUAUCAUUUUAAAAGGCUAAUUGAUCAUUAGAAAACCCUUUGCAAUCAUGUUAGCACAGCUUAACUGUUGUCCUGAUGAAAGCAAUAAAACUGGCCUUUAGACUAGUUGAGUACCUGGAGCAUCAGCAUUUGUGGGUUCGAUUACAGGCUCAAAAUGGCCAGAAAAAGAACUUUCUUCUGAAACUCGUCAGUCUAUUUUUGUUCUGAGAAAUGAAGGCUAUUCCAUGCAAGAAACUGCCAAGAAACUGAAGAGCUCAUACAGCACUGUACUACUCCCUUCACAGAAAAGCGCAAUCUGGCUCUAACCAGAAUAGAAAGAGUGGGAGGCCAUGGUGCACAACUGAGCAAGAGGACAAGUACAUUAAUCUCUAAUUUGAGAAACAGACACCUCACAAGUCCCUAACUAGCAACUUCAUUAAAUAGUACCCGCAAAACACCAGCCACAACGUUAGUGUAGCCAGAAACUGCUAUUUUUUAAAUAACAUUAUGGAAUAUCUACAUCAACAGUGAAGAGGCUGGGAUGCUAGCCGUUUAGGCAGGGUGGCAAAGAAAAAGCCAUAUCUCAGACUGGGCAAUAAAAAAAAUGAAAGAUUAAGAUGGGCAAAAUAACAGACACUGGAAAAAGAGGAACUCUGCCUAGAAGGCCAGCAUCCUGGAGUAGCCUCUUCACUGUUGAUAUUCCAUUAAAUGAUUUUUUUAAAUGCAGUUCCCAGCUACAAUAGUCAUUUACAACAUUAACAAUGUCUACACUGUAUUUCUGAUCAAUUUGAUGUCAUUUUAAUGGGGGGAAAAGGGCUUUUCUUUCAAAACAAGGACAUUGCUAAGUGACCCCAAACUUUUGAACGUUAGUGUGUGUGUGUGUGUAUAUAUAUAUAUAUACACACACACUAAUGUACAGUGCAAGUCCCCGGGCUUGGGACAAUCUCGUGUACUAAACUCAGUUUUAAAUCUGGCUGUAAUUCAUUCUUGUCGAGUUUGGAUCAUUUUAUCUGGCUUGGCUUUCACCCACCUAGACCAAACAUUCAUGUGCAUGGGUAAGCAGGUUUCAGUACUCACCCUCUGCCUAAAAAAAUAAAAAAAACAUUACAUAACGACAGCAAACGGAUCCUUGAGCAUCUUAACUUUGUUUCAUACCAUCUUGUCAGGAUGCAGAUUACAACAUGUGGGUUGUGGAACGGUAAUGCCAAACGAAGUUUGACUUGAUUAAGAACAACUUUAUUGCAGUUUCAUUACAACAAAGUAGAUUACUCUGACAAUGUCAGACAGAAUUACAUCGGUAAAGUGACAGACUUGGGACAUUAAACCCCAACUGUAUGUUGGUAUUACAUUGUGCUGGAGAAAUCACACAAAUCCCCUCCAGUCCACAGGGAACUGUUGACAUUCUUCCUUAAAUGAAACAGUUGGGUUGGUUACUUGAGUUUGACACUCUUUUUAACUCCAGCACGAAUACCAGACAGCUCUCCACUGUAUCUUGUCUCCUCACGACGGACUUCACGAACCUGGAAUACAUUAAAUACUUUCAUGUAGAUUUGUUUGGAGAACUAGGAAUUGCAACAGUCUUUUUGUAAUUUGGCCCAUAAUUGACAAGUUAAACGAUACAAGUUGUCAAUUUUGCUUUCAAAUACUGUAUAUAAUAUCAGUACACAGCAGUGGUUCUGAAAGAUCUGCCUGAAGGUGUCAGUAAUUCCUGCAAAGCACUUAGUCAAUCAUUCAUAGGAUUUGUGUACACUGCAACUUCCACGUUUAAAUGUAGUCUACAAACCUGUCCCUUUCUGCGGAUCUUGGCUCGUCUGAACUUCUCUCUGUGUUUGACCCUGGGAUUGCGGUCAAUCUUCUUCCUCUUUGGUGUAAGCCCUUUGUUCUUGGCCAUCUUCAGAAAGGAUAGAUCAACAUGUGCUAAUUAGACUAAUGGUUUAAACUAGGAAGGGAAUAUAAUACUCUUCCAUACAAAGUACAAGAUCGAUCUGAAGGCCAUGUUCAUGUAUUGGGAGAAUAAAUGCCUCAUACUGUGCUUUGUACAAUGAAAAUGUGAACAAGAGACAUGAACCAGUUCAUAUUGUACAUAAAGGCUAAGAUGUACAAUAAAUCAUGGCUGCUGUAUA